CGCCGCUAGUAGGCCGACUGAAAGCUGCCAUACCUUGGCCACUCCCCUUUAAAGACCAACAUCAUCCCUCCUCGGUAACCGUGUAAUUGAUGUUAUGGGGAGAAUCUUGAAGCUCUCAAUGUAAAUCGGACAUAAACAAGCUUUGAGGAGGACGGAGGAAGUUGGCAACCGUCUGGCAUUCACCCAAACUAGUUCACGCGCAGUCCAAGCGCGGGGCGGAAACGCCUUCCUCCAGGCACUGGUUUUCUUUGUCGACUCGCGCGGAGAAAUUGCAACUCUUGGGGCAACAUGAACCGGAUAACGGGAAAGGCGAAAGAUGCGACUCUCAUUGAAAUGAACCCGAGAGAUUGCCAGGUUGGAGAUGGUUCUGCUGUUCUGACUGGUUUCCGGACGAGCAUCUCAGAGGACAAUAACGGCCUGUGUUCCAACCGAGACACGCAGCUACCAGGCCAUCGAGAGAUUGAUCAGGAGCUGACUAAAGACUCGGUGUACUUCAGAGAUGGUGUGCGGCGGAUUGACUUUGUCCUGUCCUAUGUUGAUGACAAGGAUGCAGACAAGAAACAGGAGAGGAGGCGAGAGUUCGAGGCGAAUCUUGAGAGGCAUGGUCUGCAGUUGGAGCGAGAGGAUAAGUCGGAGGCGGAUGACCAGAAGACGUACUUUGUGAAGAUCCACGCUCCGUGGGAGGUGUUGAGUAAGUACGCGGACAUCCUGAAGAUCAAGGUGCCCUUUAAGGUCAGCGACAUCCCCAAGGCAACGGAGGCGCCGCUCAACUGGAUGACCCGUCCGUUCCGGCUCCCCGAGCGCAUCAUGCAGCCGGCCGAGGACUACUUCACCUCGCCCUUCGACAAGAACAAAACCGACUUCUUCCUCAUCCACGACAAGGACACCUUCUUCCCCCCCUCCACACGCAACAGGAUCGUGUACUACCUGCUGACGCGGGUGGAGUAUCAUAAGGAGGAGCGCGGGGAGAAGGACAAGAGAGGCGUCAAGCGCCUGCUCAGCAACGGCACCUACAGCGCAGCCUACCCUCUACAUGAUUGUCGUUACUGGAAGAAGGCGCGAGAGACCCAGUGUGAGAGCGAGCGCUUCCACCUCUACAGGCACUGGGCUCGCUUCCUCUGCUUCUACAAGGAGCAGCCCCUCAACCUCAUACGGAAGUACUAUGGCGAGAAGAUUGGCAUCUACUUUGCGUGGCUGGGCUUCUACACAGAGAUGCUGUUCUUCGCCGCCGUGAUGGGGGUCAUCUGCUUCGUCUAUGGACUGCUCAGCUAUGAGGACAACGUCACCAGUAAGGAGAUCUGUGAGAAGGGCGGAGACAUCGUCAUGUGUCCUCUCUGUGAUAAGAAGUGCAGCUUCUGGAAACUCAACUCUACCUGCUUGUCCUCCUGGCAAUCUCACCUGUUUGAUAACGAGGGCACCGUCUUCUUCGCCAUCUUCAUGGGCAUCUGGGUGACCCUGUUCCUGGAGUUCUGGAAGCGUCGGCAGGCGCGUCUGGAGUACCAGUGGGACCUGGUGGACUUUGAGGAGGAGCAGCAGCAGCUGCAGAUACGGCCCGAGUUUGAGCUCAUGUGCAACCACUACAGAAUCAACCGCAUCACGCAGGAGAAGGAGCCCUAUCUGCCAAUGAGCGUCAAGCUGCCUCGAUUCUGCCUAUCAGGUGCCACUGUGGUCUUCUGGAUUUGCCUGAUCAUCGCGUGCAUCAUGGGCGUGAUUGCGUAUCGUCUGGCGGUGUACGCUGCGUUCGCUAAGAUCAUGAAGAACUCGGAGACCAGUAAGAUCCAGCUGGUGGGCUCGCUCAUCACGCCACAGCUGGCCACAUCUGUCACCGCCUCCUGCAUCAACUUCAUCAUCAUCCUCAUCCUCAACUACCUCUACGAGCACGUCGCCAUCUGGAUCACCGACUGGGAGAUCCCCAAGACGCACAUGGACUAUGAGAACAGGCUGACGAUGAAGAUGUUCAUGUUCCAGUUCGUCAACUACUACUCGUCCUGCUUCUACGUGGCCUUCUUCAAGGGCAAGUUCGUGGGCUUCCCCGGAGACUACAGCUACAUGUUCGGAGAGUGGAGCGGCCUGAGGAACGAGGAGUGUGAUCCUGGAGGCUGUCUGAUAGAGUUGACCACACAGCUGGUGAUUGUGAUGGCAGGGAAGCAGGUGGUGGGGAACAUCCAGGAAGCCCUGCUGCCGCUGAUGCGUAACUGGUGGGGCCGCCGUAAGGCUCGGAAUCAUCCGGAGAAGGUGUACAGCCGCUGGGAGCAGGACCACGACCUCGUCAGCUUCAGCCAGUGCGGCCUCUUCUACGAGUACCUGGAGAUGGUGAUCCAGUUUGGCUUCAUCACCCUGUUUGUGGCGUCGUUCCCUCUGGCGCCCCUGCUGGCUCUGUUCAAUAAUAUCCUGGAGGUGCGCGUGGACGCCUGGAAGUUCACCACACAGUUCCGCCGCCCCGUGGCCGCCAAGGCCCGCAACAUCGGCGUCUGGCACGAGAUCCUCAACGUGGUGGCCAUCCUCUCCGUAGUCACCAACGCCUUCAUCAUGGCGUUCACGUCGGACAUGAUCCCGCGACUGGUGCACUUGUACUCCUCUGAGCCCCACAGCAUGCACGGCUACAUCAACAACAGCCUGAGUGUGUACGACAUCUCCCAGAUCCCCGAGCACAACAUGCCCGAGAGGGGGGAGGAGCCCGCCUGGUUCAACAGCUCCAUACACACCACCUGCAGGUAUCGUGACUACCGCUACCCUCCGGGGCAUGAGCGCCAGUACAAACACACCAUGCAGUUCUGGCACAUUCUGGCUGCCAAACUAGCCUACAUCAUCAUCAUGGAGCACGUGGUGUUUGUGGUCAAGUUCUUCGUGGCGUGGCUGAUCCCAGACGUGCCGUCGGAGGUGCGUGCGCGUGUGAAGCGUGAGCGCUACCUGAUCCAGGAGUACCUGCACGACUACGACAUGAGCCAGAUCAAGCUGCAGCUCAGCCAGAGCACCACCUUCGCCACGGAGACCAGCGCCGCGGAGACCAGCGCCACGGAGACAGACCCCGGCAACGGCAACGGCCUCACGGAGACCGUCUCCCUGCUACCCCAGGAGGAGAAACAGGACUUCCUCUCAGAGUGCUAGUGCCUCUACACACACACACACACACACACACACACACACACACACACACACAC